GGGACCCUCUGAUACUGUUUGCGAACCACAAAGAUGUUCAGAUCGUCGAUGUUGCCAAUACAAGAUCUAAUGCGACCAUCAUCAUCUCCGAUCUGGAAGAUGCUGCAGCUGUAGAUUUCAUUUUUGAUGAGGGCAUCAUCUACUGGUCCGAUGUAACCACAGAAGACAUCAAGCGAGUCUUUCUUAAUGACACAAGGCAUCCACAGUCGGUCAUUUCAACAGGCUUGGUGUCACCAGAAGGGCUUGCCUGUGAUUGGCUGGGACGGAAACUGUACUGGGUCGAUUCUGAAACCAACCGCAUUGAAGUUAGUAACUUGGAUGGAGGGUACAGGAAAGUGUUGUACUGGCACAAGUUGGAUCAGCCCAGGGCUAUUGUACUCGAUCCUGGACGAGGAUAUAUGUUUUGGACUGACUGGGGCGAGAGUCCAAAGAUUGAGAAGGCUGGCAUGGAUGGCACUGAAGAAACACGAUCUGUUAUUGUAGAAGACAAUAUCCAUUGGCCAAAUGGACUGACUCUUGACUACGAGGAGCAAAAAUUAUAUUGGGCUGAUGCAAAGCUUAAUUUGAUCCAUGGUUGUGAUUUUGAUGGCAAGAACCGUCGUGCCGUUUUGGAAGGGUCCUUGUCUCAUCCAUUUGCUUUGACUCUAUAUGGAGACAUUCUCUACUGGUCAGACUGGCACACACAUUCAAUUCAUGGGUGCAGCAAAGUCAGUGGAGCAGAAUGCUUUCUUGUCCUUGACAAGGUCUAUGCUCCUAUGGAUAUACAUGCAUAUAUGAGCAGUAGACAGCCAAAAGGUCGUAAUUUGUGCAGUAACAACAAUGGAGGUUGUUCUCACUUGUGCCUUAUGUCACCCAUCCCGCCUUACUUCAAGUGUGCCUGCCCGACAGGGGUGCAGCUUUUAAGCAAUAACAAGACAUGUGCUAAUGGAGCCGGGAAGUUACUGUUCCUGGCCAGACGGCAGGACAUUCGCCAGAUUUCCUUGGAUACCCCAGACUACACAGAUGUGAUCAUUCAGCUGACAGAUAUUCAACAUGCGAUUGCUUUAGACUAUGACAGUACUACUGGGUUUAUUUACUGGACUGAUGGGGAGGUGAAGAAAAUACAGCGGGCACGAUUGGAUGGCUCAGAACAAGAAACCAUAGCAGACACCGAAGUUGACCAGCCGGAUGGUAUAGCUGUGGACUGGAUAGCACAGAACUUGUAUUGGACUGAUACAGGCACAGAUCGGAUUGAAGUGGCACGUUUAAAUGGGACAUCUCGAAAAGUUCUUCUAUCUGAUAGACUGGACCAGCCAAGAGCUAUAUGCAUUAGCCCCACAGAUGGGUUCAUGUACUGGACAGACUGGGGUAAAGAGCCUCUGAUAGAGCGAGCCUACUUAGACGGCACCCACAGAACUGUGAUCAUUCGCAACAACCUUGGCUGGCCUAAUGGCUUGGCUGUCGACUUUGCGGAGAAGAAAUUGUACUGGGCAGAUGCCAACACUGAUCGUAUAGAGGUGGCUGAUCUAGAUGGCGGACAUAGGAAAAUCUUGGUUGCCGAGGGGUUGCCACAUAUAUUUGGAUUUAGCUUGCUGGAUGAGUAUAUUUACUGGACAGAUUGGCAAGGAAGAUCUAUCGAAAGAGUAAACAAGUACACUGGUCAGAAUCGAACAGCUAUCAUUGACCAACUUCCAGAUUUGAUGGGGCUUAAAGCGGUGAAUAUCAACAAACCUAAUGGUACAAAUUCGUGUGCCCUAAAUAAUGGAAACUGCAGUCAUCUUUGCCUGUAUCGACCACCUCCGUUGAAGCAUGUGUGUGCCUGUCCUAUGGGCCUGGAACUGCGAGCUGAUAGUAGCACGUGUAUAGUGCCUGAAGCGUUCCUUCUGUUUUCAAGUCGAUCUGAUAUUCGCAGAGUUUCAUUGGAGACAAAUCAGAACAAUCAGGCUAUCCCAAUACAGGGCAUUCAGAAGGCAAUGGCCAUUGAUUUUGAUAUUUCAGACAGUAGAAUUUACUGGACUGAUGUAGAACUUCAGCACAUCAGCCGAGCAUAUAUGAAUGGCAGUUCUCUUCAGCAUAUCAUACAGUUUGGGCUAGACUUCCCCAAGGGCAUGGCUGUGGACUGGGUGGCUCACAAUAUCUACUGGUCAGACACUGGCAAAAAUAGAAUUGAAGUGGCCAGGCUGGACGGGUCAUCACGGAAGGUUUUGGUUUGGAGGGGUUUAAAAGAACCCAGAGCUCUAGCACUGGAUCCACCAAAUGGUUACAUGUACUGGACAGUGCAGGGAGAUGUACCUUCACUAGAGAGAGCCCUCUUAGAUGGAACUAACAGGAAAGUCCUCAUCACAAACAUUGGCCAUGCACAGGAUCUAACCAUUGAUUACCUUGAGAGGCGGUUGUUCUGGACCAAUGAGGACAAUCACAGUAUCAUGUCCUGUGACAUGCUUGGUGGUGACCUCAAACUGGUCGUCCAGGCAGAUAUCGACCAACCAAUGGGCCUGAGCCAGUAUCAGGACUUUGUGUACUGGACAGAUUUGAAACGCAGGUCUAUUGAAAGAGCUAACAAAAAUAAUGGACUGAACAGGACUGUGAUCCAGGGAGACGUUGACCAUGCUAUGGACAUCCUGGUAUUUCAUGCCUCCAGGCAGUCAGGCACUAAUGCAUGUGGACGCAACAAUGGAGGGUGUUCCCAUUUGUGUUUAGCCCACCCACUGGAUUUUCCCAACAACAGUACGCACCACUGUGCCUGCCCAACUCACUACACACUUAAUGAUGAUCAUCGUACUUGUUCAGCUCCAAAACAGUACCUGUUAAUGUCAACCAGAAAUGCAACUAUUCGAAUAGUCAUUGAGUCAGAUAAUGCUGUAGACAACCCUGAAGUUGUAUUGCCCAUCAAUGGCAUGAAAAACAUUAAAUCACUAGCCUACGAUCCAGUGGGAGAAUUCAUUUAUUGGGUCGAAGGCAGGCAGAAAAUCAUCAAAAGAGCUCAUGACAAUGGGACAAUGAUUAGCACAGUUGUGAACGAUCCUGAAAAUGCCUUUCAGCCGUAUGACAUUGCUAUCGACCCUUACGCCCGCACUUUAUACUGGACCUGUACAUCUAACAAUGUUAUCAACGUGACACGGAUUGAUGUGGCACGCUCCCCCAUUGGUGUCAUUCUGUCAUCAGCCAGCGGUUUUAAACCACGGUCAAUAGUUCUCUACCCAGAGAAAGGGAAAAUGUACUUUACCAACAUGGUGAGCUCCCCAAAAAUUGAGACAGCUCUGAUGGAUGGUUCAGAGAGAACUACUCUGUUCAAGAAUGUUCUAGUACAUCCGCAGUCUCUGACCAUUGACACUAAAGAAGACAACCUCUACUGGGCAGAUUCAAAACUCAACCGUAUUGAAAUGUCAGAUCUGAUGGGAGGAAACAGACGGGUCUUGGUAGAUGGGCAGGUUGGAAAUCCACGGGGCCUGGCUGUUUACGGCAAGUUUCUCUAUUGGCUUGCAAAGGAGCAAAAUUUUGUGGAAAGGAUACACAAGAAAACUGGCAAUAAACGUCUGUGGGUGCGGGGGCGAACCCCAGGUCUGAGCGACCUAAUAGCGGUUGAGCAUUCAUUACAAGCAGCCUGGCAUCCCUGUUACAACAACAACAGCGGAUGUUCACACAUCUGCUUCAUAACCGAGGACAAGAAAGCUCGCUGCUCCUGCCCCAUUCAUCUGGUGUUGAAAAGUGAUAAGCAGACGUGUGCUGAACCUCCCACAUGCGCUCCUGACCAGUUCAAGUGUCACAGUGGCAGCGUCCAGUGUAUUCCGAUGGUGUGGAAGUGUGAUUACUCUUCUGAGUGCGAGGAUAAUUCAGACGAAGAGAACUGUGUCAAAUGCACAAACGACCAGUUUUCUUGCUCCAAUGGGGAAUGUGUAGACAAGAAACUCAAGUGUGAUGGGCGGAAAAACUGCGUGGACGGAUCCGAUGAGGUUGAUUGUUGUACCGGGAGCAAUUGUGAGUGUGCUGACUGCGCGGGUCAGCCCGACUGUGUGGACGCUAAUGGACAGGCCUGUCCGGUGAAAACCCCGGAGAGGGGCAAGUCUCCCAAGGAUUACACCAUUGCUAUUGUGGUAGUGGUGGUCUUUUUGUUGAUUGUUGUUAUUCUGAUUUUAGUGUGUCGGCACAAGUCUAGCAGUGCUCCUGUGGAUGAAGAUGUGCUGGUGGCCAAGAAGCCAUUAAAUCCACAGGUGACAGUGAUAUGUGAGGGCUUGAGCCCGCAUGACAGUUUGUCUCAAAGCAAAUCUGAAGCAACAGGUAUUUCCAUGGGGUCCGAGUCAGAUCCGCCCUUUUACGACAGAAAUCAUGUUACUGGAGCAUCAUCCAGCAGUUCUACAGUGACUCAGUACCCUCAGGAGACGCUGAACCCGCCUCCCUCGCCAGUUACUGACAGGUCCGUGUACACAGCCCAGACUGGGGAUGUGUACGUGUCACUGAACAGUCUGUCGUCUUCGAUGCAGAGGUCGGGCAUGGGCAGUGCUGGGGGGAGAGGGGGGCGGCGGCGCAGUCAUCAUCGGCGUCACCAUCACCACCACCAUCAUCACAUUCCUCCGCCCCCAACCACACCGUGCUCCACCGACGUCUGCGAGGACAGUGAACCUUACCAUCAGACCAUCCCCCUCAACAGCUCUGCGCCAACAAACAAUAAAUACAGCGGGCGGUCCUCGCGCUCCAGAUCCUCUAGAUCAAAUGCCAAAAAAUUCAAAUACUAUUUCAAUAACUCGCUGGUGGAGUUGAACUAUGACUCAGACCCGUACCCUCCGCCGCCCACUCCACACAGUCAUUAUUUCUCUGAUGAGGUUAGCUGUCCGCCGUCACCUUCAACAGAGAGAAGCUUUUUCAACCCCUACCCGCCACCCCCAUCACCUGUGGCUACCUCUGAUUGCUGA